AUGGCACAGUGGUCGAUAGGUGUUGCCGUAGUCGCGGAGCCCUAUUCUGUCCCUCCCCGUCCAAACUGGAUGGGUGACUGGGACGGCUCCGUGGCAGUCGUCGGUUCCACGACGGCUCAUUCCCCGCCCUUGUCGCUAAGAGACAAGGGCACUGGAUAUGUUGCCGUCGAGUGGGGGGGGAUCACCAUAUAUGGUGUUUAUUUCUCCCCCAACCGGAGUUUGAACGACUUCGAGGUUUUCCUAACCAGCUUGGAGACCUCGAUACGGCGACUAGCGUCUGGGCACGUCCUUGUGCUGGGGGACUUCAACGCAAAGUCCAUUGCGUGGGGUUCCCCCAGGACGGACGCAAGGGGCGAGGCCGUAGAGGAGUGGGCGGCCUCGGUGGGCCUCUGUCUUCUAAACAGAGGCUCCACCAACACGUGCGUGCGACAGCAGGGGGGGUCGAUAGUGGACCUCUCGUUCGCUACCCCUGCCCUCGCCGCACGAGUAAGGAACUGGUGUGUCCUGGAAGAGGUUGAGACGCUCUCGGAUCACCUGUAUAUCCGAUUUGAGCUCUCCCGGACCCAGGACUCCAGUAGGGGUCACGUGGCGCGGCGUUUAUCCCGCUUUCCGCGGUGGGCUGUUGCCAGACUGAACCGGGACCUACUAGAGGAGGCAGCCAUAAUUCACUCGUGGCUGUCUCCUCAGGCUCCGACCGAGGAGGUCGACGUGGGGGCUGGCCGCUUUCGCGAUGCGAUUACGCAUAUCUGCGAUGCGGCCAUGCCCCGCAUUCGAGGUCGUCGGCCUCCAAGGAAGGAGGUCUACUGGUGGUCCCAGGAGCUGGCGGACCUCCGUGCGGCCUGUACACGUGCCCGGAGGUCCUACACACGCAGUCGGCGGCGUCACCGUGGAGACGGUGAGGAGGACCGGCUUCAUGAGGAGUACCGGCGGGCGCGGAAAACUCUGAAGCUGGCCAUUAGCCGCGCCAAAGAGGAAAAGAGACAGGAGAUGCUGGAGGGUCUUAAUCGUGACCCCUGGGGUCGCCCUUACCGCGCGCGGGCGGAGCACACACCCCCGUCGAUGGCUGCAUUAGCCGGAGACGACGGGGGCAGCGAGGUCGAUGUUCCGCCCGUCAGGGAAUCGGAGUUGGGGGCGGCUGUUCUACGGAUUCGAUCCAAGAACACCGCCCCCGGGCCGGACGGGGUUCCAGCCCGAGUGAUGGCCCGAGCCCUCGACUACAUGUCGGACCACCUCAGGGGGGUGUUGGACGCUAGCCUGGCGUCCGGACGCUUCCCUGAGCGUUGGAAAUGCGGGAAGCUGGUCCUGCUGCAGAAGCCGGGACGGCCUGCCGAUUCGGUCGCGGCCUAUAGGCCCAUCGUGCUGCUGGACGAGGCGGGCAAAUUGUUUGAGAGGGUUCUUUCUGCCCGCAUCGUCCGGCACCUCUGCGAGGUGGGCCCCGAUCUGUCGGACGCCCAAUUUGGUUUUCGGGCGGGGCGUUCGACAGUCGACGCCGUGUUGCGCCUGAGGGCCGUGACCGAGGAGGCCGUGAGCUGUGGCGGCGUGCUGUUGGCGGUGUCAUUAGACAUCGCCAACGCAUUCAAUAGUCUGCCAUUCAGCUGCAUCAGGGAAGCACUCCACUAUCAUGGGGUGCCAAAGUACCUGAGGCGGCUAGUGGCAGACUAUUUAGAGGAGCGUACCGUCGUGUACGAGGACCGAGAAGGUAAUCUGAGGUGUCGGCCCAUGUCGUGCGGUGUUCCACAGGGGUCUGUUCUUGGACCCCUCUUGUGGAACAUAGGGUACGACUGGGCCCUUCGCGCCGAUUUCCCCCCCGGGCUGGGUGUAAUCUGUUACGCAGACGAUACCCUCGUGACAGCCCGGGGGGCAAACUUCCAAGAGGCGGCGCGCCUGGCCACAGGGGGAGUCUCCCUGGUGGUCGGGCGCAUUGAGGCGCUGGGCUUACGGGUGGCCCUAGAUAAGACGGAGGCCCUGUUAUUCCAUGGGCCCCGUCGUGGUCCACCCCCUGGCGCCUCAAUCGUGGUCAACUCGGUCCUCGUACCGGUUCGGGCCCAGAUGAAAUAUCUGGGCCUGAUCCUCGACGGGAGGUGGCUCUUCGACGAGCACUUCCGACAGCUUGCUCCAAAGCUGGUCGGCGCUGCGUCUGCCCUAGGGCGACUCUUGCCCAAUAUGGGUGGACCCAGCGUCGCGACAAGACGGCUGUACACGGGGGUUGUCCGGUCAAUGGCACUGUACGGUGCACCGGUGUGGGCGGCGGCUCUGACCGCCCAGAAUAGGGUACGCCUCUGGCGCCCUCAGAGGGUAAUGGCGGUCAGAGCCAUACGCGGUUACCGCACCGUUUCUACGGAGGUGGCGUGCGCGUUGGCCGGAACUCCCCCGUGGGAUUUGGAGGCGGAAGUGCUCGCCGAGGUUUAUCGGCGAGUGGCUGACUCCCGGGCGGAGAGCGGAUUUCGCCCUCCGCCCGAGGAUGUGCGCGAGUGGCGCGAAGCCGCUCGCCGAGCCACGAUGGCUCGUUGGUCGUUCCGGCUGGAGACUCCACGCGCUGGCUUCGCCGCCGUGGAGGCUCUCCAGCCGGUCAUCGCCGAGUGGGCAGGGCGGCAGCACGGGACCCUUUCCUUCCGACUGACGCAGGUGCUUUCCGGGCACGGUUGCUUCGGAAAGUACCUGCACACGGUCGCUAGGAGGGAACUGAGUCCCGCCUGCCACCACUGCGACUGCAGUGAGGACUCGGCCCAGCACACGCUGGCGGUCUGCCCCGCAUGGGCGGCGCAGCGCCGGGCCCUCACUGCAGUCAUCGGAGUGGAUCUCUCGCUACCGGCCGUAGUACGCUCCAUGGCCGGUAGCGACAGUUGUUUUACCGCGGUCGCAACCUUCUGCGAGGUAGUAAUCUCGCGGAAGGAGGCGGCGGAGAGGGCCCGGGAGGACGACCUCCACUCGGACCCGAUCCGCCGCCGGCGAACCGGGCGGCGGAGGCCCGCCUACCACAGCCUCAUGCCGCCCUGA